AUGACUCCAAAGUACAUCUGGCUUGCUCACUUUGUGGGUUUGUUUGUGACUUGCAUCCUCUCUCAGGACUGUAACUUCCUGAAAGUUCAUCUGAGUACAGUCACCUGGCAAAAUCUGAAGCUUCUGAACGAGAUGAGCAAUUCAAUUCCUAUAGAAUGUCUCAGAGAAAUCCAAGAUUUUAAGUUGCCCAAAGAGAUCCAGCCGGAGAAAAUAAGCGUCAAGUACAUCUUCUAUGAAAUGUACACACAGGCCUUCAAUAUCUUCAGCCAAAACACCUCCAACUCCACUUGGGACAAGGAAAAACUGGUACAACUCCAAAACAAACUUUAUGAGGAAAUAGAGUGUCUGAAACAAUGCUUUAAAAAAGAGAAUAAAGAAAAGGAAGACAUGAAAGAAGUGAAAGCUGAUGAAAAGGAACACUCAGGAGCUGGGGUGCUCUGGCAGGACCAACUCAAACUGAGGAGAUACUUCAGCAGAAUAUACAAUUUCCUGAAGGAUAAGAAAUACAGUCGCUGUGCAUGGGAGAUCGUCCGAGUGGAAAUCAGAAGAUGUUUCCACUACUUUGAAACAUUCACACACUCCUCUUAG